CAGGGAGGGUGUCUGUGGACACUUGACCGAUGACCCAUCAUUGGAGCACAGCAUCAUAGCCUGUCUGGAUACCCAGAGCUUCCUGAAAUGCAUCUUAAGUUGCGUCCACCUGCCAGAUCAGCAUUGGGUCAGCUGAGGACCAUGUCGGAAGGGGACCGGCCUACGAGCGGCCUGAGCCAAGCCAGCAGCACAGUCACCAUCUCUUCCGUCUCCAUGGGAACGAAGCCACGCUCAGCCCGGCCUGUCCGGAAGGUUCACGCUUUUGGGAAGAGGGCAAACUCCAUCAAGAGAGACCCCAACUCGCCUGUCAUCAUGCGGGGCUGGCUUUAUAAACAGGACAGCUCUGGUCUUAAACUCUGGAAACGGCGUUGGUUCGUCCUUUCUAAUUACUGCCUCUUCUACUACCGAGACAGCCGCGAAGAGAAGGUUUUGGGCAGCAUCCUUCUCCCCAGCUAUGAGAUCCGGACAGCGUUCUCCAAGGAGAAGAAGAACCGGCGCUUCAUAUUCAAGGCUGAACAUCCUGGCAUGAGAACCUAUUAUUUCAGCGCAGACACCCAGCUGGACAUGAAUAGCUGGAUCCGGGCCAUGAACCAGUCAGCUGCUGCCGAGUGCGACUAUGGAAGCUACAACCGGAGGGGUCUCCACAGCCAAUCCGUGUCCACAUGCACCAGCUUCGAGGACGUCACGCUCACGCAAAACGACUACGCCAAAAGCACAGAAUCCCUGGAGAUCGCUCGUCUCUCGGAGGCACACGACGGGGAGGCCUCGUCGUCCGACAGCCUCCAUGUGCAGGACAGUCAGCAGGGGACUCCGCGGCUUGGGAGGACGUCGUUAUGCAGCUCGCUCAACGGCGGAUACAGCCACAUAAGGAAAGAGCAACCAGAUUUAAGCUCCCUGUCUUCCCAGACUCACGGAAGCCCCUCCCCUGUCAUCUGCCCCAAGCUCUCCUCCCGGCCGCGGUCCUCCUCUAAGAGCCCCACACCUUCCUCCCCAUCCCGGACCCCUCAGCCUUCCCCUCUGCUUUCCAUCCGCUCCUCUCGUUCCUACUCCCUCCCCCUGACCCCUGCCGAAUCGCCUCAGAUACCUGACGCCCGCCAGUCACCCCCUCGCGCCCGCCGGAAGCCCCCGAGAGCUGCUGCUGCUGUCGCCGCACAGGCCACCUCCUGCGAGGACCUGUCCUCCAUGGCCUCCCUGAGGGGCCUUGGGCGCCCCAACACCCCCAUGGGGCGCGUGGACAUUGCCCCCGGCGAGGGCCCUCCCAACAACCCCUACGCCACGCUGUCGCCCGCCACCAGGGGGCGCACCUUGACGCCUGCUGACCGGUAUGACGUGUUCCCCUCCUCCGAAGACCCCUAUGGCAGGCGUUACGCCCGGAGCCCUCACCACAGCAGGGCCCGGCCCGUGGGCGAGGAAGGCCUGGCGCCCUCAUUGGCGAGGCAGCUGCCGCCCAGCAGAUUUGCAGACCGAGGUUAUCUCUCCCCGCCAGCUGGGACGUCCCGUGCUCUGGUCAUGUCACGGCUACAUGGGCGACUGAUCACCCCCCACUCUGCCUCCUCCAGCUACCUCCACCUACCACCCCUGCCCCCCUUGCCUAACCGGCCCACCCCUGGAAAAAGGACGUCUUUGGGAACCACGUGCCGGACUCUGGUGCGGGAGAGGAGCAUCCAUUCCGCCGGGGGGCAGCGGUUUGAAAGCGACACUGAUGCUCUCUUGACAAAACUUUGCGGCCAGGACAACGUGCUUCGUGGUCUCGAAGAGGACACGGCACAGCUCCGGGCUGAAAAGGAGCGGAUUGAGAAAGCCUUGGAGGUGACACGCCUGAGGCUGGAGGAGUUUAAAGGCCAAGACGCCACGAUGGAGAAAAUCUGCUACCAGCAGAGGCAACUGCAAGAUGAACUGGUGCAAACCCGAGCUCGCCUCUGCGAUCUGGCGCUGGACAGUGAACGAGCGUGGGAGGAUUAUGCCGCCUUGGAAAAUGACCUGCAGAUGGUGAAGGGCUCCUUGGAGCAUAUCCGGACUGUGGGGCACCCCCAGGACCAAGUAGCUGCCCAGCAAGAUUUGUGGAGGAUCCACGACAUCCUGGCAGGACUGAGAUCCAGCCCAGCCAACCACCACGCCCCAGAAAGCAGAAGAUCAGGUGUGUCUCCAGCUACCACCCCAACCCUGGAUUCUCAACUGGGGCCAAGCCACACACCCCAGCAGCUUUGUGCAGGAGUGGAGGAGUUUGAAUCAUCUCCUCCUCCCAAAUCCACCUCGUCCUUCCACGAAUCCACCACCAGCCACUUGCCAGCCACAGUGGGCCAGCUGAACAGCCCUCGGGCAGGGAAUCCGCCUAGUCCACCCGCUUCCUGCAGAGGACAACAGGGGUCAUCACGGCAGUCGGAUGCGACCAGGCGGCCUCGAUACAAUUCCUCCGGCGAGCCCGCAGAGUCCGAGAAAGUGAGGGCAAAGGAUGUGGUUGGUCCAGAUCAUGGGAGCCACAUCAGCAAACUCUGUGAAGAUACUGAGCACAGCAUAAUCAAGGUCAUCCCCACAGAAGCGGUCGCCUCUCGCCGCCCUCGCAUGAGUGCCCAGGAGCAGCUGGACCGGAUGCAGCGGAACCAGGAGGCCAAAAGGAAAUCGGAGGCCGCCCAGCCCAACGCUCUGGGCCACUGGCGAGACUCUCUCAAGCGUGGGUCCAGCCGGCCCCUCCCCAAUUCCCCCCCUGAGCCAUCACCCAAGGAGGGCGUGCAAACUGGGGGACUCAAGCCUCCUCGGUGCCCCCCGACCCCUGAGUGGGAGCGACAGCGAGUAAUCCAGCUCUCCUACGCCCUGGCGACAGAGGCUUCGCAGCAGCGGGGGAAGCGCAUCGCAGGAAGGACCAGCUCUCACUCCUCCCUAGACGAUAUCCCUGUGUCCCAUGAAAGCCUGAACCAUCACGGCCUCCCUGGUGACAGCCCCUCCAAAGAGCCAGAGCUACGUGGACCUGUGCUAUCUGAGCAUGACCAAACAGCUGCUCGGAACUCAAGCUGCCACAGUAACUCCGCAACGGCGAAUCAGGGGCCACCCCACGCAACCAAUCGAGUGCCAGGUGCUUCGGAAGCUUCCGAUUGGCCGCUGCCUCCUCUUCCCAAGGAGGCGGGCCGUUUAAAGCCCAAGACUCUGCAGUUGGCAUCACACCUGCUGGAACCAGCCAAUGAAGAGCUGCCCCUGGUCAGUGGUCCUCCCUGGGCGGAGCCUUUGCCUCAGCCAACCAGCCAGCACCUGUCUAUCUCUAGAACAGCCAAUUGGGCAUCUGAGCAAAGCCUCGUGGGCGGGCAGGGUGCAGCCAAUGGUAGGUGCCUGAAGUGGAGGGGUGAGAGCCAGUCCCGCCAGGUGGUGGCGUGCCUUGGCGAGACGGCGCAGCCUGUCAGGGUCACCCUGGUAAAAUCCAGCUUUUAGCUCCAGAGGAUGGAAGGCCAGGAUUGAGAGAGGGGUGGUGAGGAAGCCCUGCUGCCUGGCUCCAUCUUUCUCUAACAGGGACAGGGCAAAAGAAUAAGUUCAGUCCCAUAGAGUUGGCAGGCUCAGAGCGACAGUUUCCAUAGCAACAUACAGUAAGAAGCUGCCUUAUAAAAAGUCAUGCCAUUGGUCCAUUUAGCUCAGUACUGUCUACACUGACUGGCAGCAGCUCUCCUGCAUGUCGGGCAGGGAGUCUUUGCCAACCCUAUCUGGAAAUGUCGAGGAUUGAACCUGGAAACUUCUGCAUAGAAAGCAGAUGGUAU